AAAAAAUGCAGUGAAGGGAGGGGUAAAAUGAGAGAGAGAGAGAGAGAGAGAGAGAGAGAGAGAGAGCAUCAGUUAUUUACAGUAGUAAGGCUGUGGUAGGACAAGUUUAAGUGCUGUCUUCUCAUCAGUUUGUUCCGAAAGAAAACAGAAACCGAUCGAACAGGACAGAGAAACUAAAGCAGAAGAGAGGAGGACAGGAAGACAAACUUACUACAAGUACACUUAGAGGAAAGCAACAUUUCAUUAAGUUGAUAAACCACAUCUUCAUCAUCAUCAUCACGAUGACGGCAAAAAAGAUGCUGAUGCUACCGCUGGUAGUCGUGGCAUUUUUGUCUCCAUGUCUUGGGAUAAGCAAUGAAGUGGAUUAUGGGAACUGGAACUACAGAGACGGAGCAGAGAACGUGAACGUGGCGAACAUCCGCAGCAUCACUCGAGUGUUGGACGCCUGGGGUAAACGUAUAUUCAAAGACAUCAAGACACUCCUACACUCACAACCCAGUGACCUUCUGCCAGACUACUCCAGGGUUCGUCCUCUUUCGGAGUCCCUAAAUGAUCUCUUCAGAGAAGUCUCCCAUUUACAGAAGCGAAUCACAGACCUUAACAAUCGCCUAGCAACCCUGGAACCCUUCCUCCGUCAUCACGGUUACCGCGAGGAAGGGGAGGAUGGAGAAGAUGGCAAAGAGCCGCCUCAGGGUGCGACAGGGGCGGGGAUAAUCCUGUCAAAGUAUCAGCGUUAUUACAAGGUUCCAGAACUCCGGCCUACAGUGGUGCGCGUUAGGCGAGUGAGAGUGAACAAUGAAAAAAAAAGAUCAAGGCAAGUGAAAGUGAACGAGAGAGGUAGAAAAACAAUGUGAGAAGAUUCAAAAUGAAGGUAUACUUUAGUAAAAAAAGCUGCCUUAUUUUUGAGUUAAAUCAAACUGGCUUUACAAGUCACUUUCUUAAAUCAUACUGAACAGACUUAACAUCUAACUUAACCAGUUUCAACUUUAUUCAACUUUUUAACUUUAAGUACUACACAACUAGAUAUGCAACUAGAUUUUUAACAUCAGUUUGAAUUCAAGUGACUUGUAAAUCCAGUUGGAUUACAUUAAAAAAUUUAAGGCAGCUUUCAAACAAAAGUUUUGGAGUUGAAAAAGGUAAACAUUUUUGCAGUGCAUUAAGAAAAUAGAAAGAGAUUAUGAUCAGAUAUAAAUUUUAUAUAAUGGGAUGUUAUUCUGGAUGAUCAUUGCAUAUUAUUGAUAUUGUGUUUAAAAGUCACAUAUUUAAGUAUUCUGCUUUGACUGUUAUGUACACAAAUGCUUAAAACGAGCACAAAUUGCACAUUUUUCAUUCUUUCAUAAACUGCCAAACUAAAACAAAUUAUAAAUAGACUAUCUCUUUAAUAUAUUACCAUUUUAAGCAGUAGGCUACUUUAAGAAAGUGUUAUGCUAUUAAAAUCCCUAAUGCUUUUAAGUCUGAUUUUUUUUAACCAAGUACCCUCUGGUGUGCACUUAGGCCUACCCCGGUUGGAAAUCACUGUCUUAUACUAAAGAGAACACUGUAAAAAAUCCGUAAAACAAAUUCCGUAAAAAACCCGGAACUUCUCUGUUAGCUGGAGCGACAGAAAUAUACCGUAAAAUAACAUUUCCCCCCUGUGAAAUUACGGGAUAUACGGAUAUAUAAUAGCUAGAUUGUUUUCCCCGUUCUUCUUGUAAAUUUGCUGUCUUUAUCUGUAAUUUUACACUUUUUGGCCAAAUUCAAAAAUAAACUGUAAAAAAAUCUCGUUAAAAGACGGACGUUUUCUGGCAGCUGGGCGCAGCUGGGGCGUUUUUACCCUGUAAAAUUACACGUUUUUCUAGUACAUUUGCAGUCUUUUUAUGUAAUGUUACGUUUUUUGACCGUCUUUUAAAAAUGCAUUUAAAAAAUCUGUAGAAAAAUUGCGUGGAAAAUCUGUAAAAAACCCCCAGAAAAAUUAUGAAAAAUUACAUUUAAUUUAGGCAUGCAAGAUAAACAUAUUUGUAAUACAUGUAGGCCUACCAUUUAUCGACUACGUGCAUGCAUCUUUUGACUGUUUAGCUACAAGAUCAGAUCUCAAAAGUGCUAUUAAAGUUUCCUGGCAGAAACCCGCAGGACUGUGAAUGUGUGAUUGUGGAAAACUUUCCCAGCAGCUUGAGAGAAAAAACAGAGUUUAGCUGAUGGAACUACCUUCACAAACAAGAAUAAACAAAGAUGAACCUGAGAAAAGUGCAGAAUCUUAAUUCGAACGCUUCCUGUUAGAAAAUGAUUCAUGUUUGUGGCAGAAAACAUAUGAGGAGAAUAAACUUGAUAAUGUCAAAAUCGAA